AUGGGCAUGAAAUGUGCUACAUCUGAUUUUUCAUGCCUUUGGUGCCUAAUUCAUAAACAUGACAGGUGAGGUAAUAGAGAUCUUUAUAUGUGGGCUGUGGCAAACAUGUCCACCCAGUCAGCAGAACUACAUAAAUUUCCAUGAAUUUAAAGCUCUGGAUGUCUGAUAAUAAUUUACUUUUCCAACUUUUAAUUUGUUUCAUUUUAGACAUGAUAUGUCAAAGGAACUAAAAUAUUAUUGUGAGGAACCACUGAAGAGAACAUUAGAAAGCAUCAAGGAGAAUGCCAAAAAUAACAAGUAUUCGUGUGCUCAUAGGCCUCUGUUGAACAUUUCACUGGACCAUGUUGUCCCAGACGAAUUACACCUAAUGCUCAGAGUUACAGGUAUGAACAUUGAUGCAUAUAAUAAAUUAUGUUAGAAAAAGCUACAGUAUAUAAGGUAGGGUGCAAAAUUUGGUUGUAUUGCAGCUUGAUAUGGCUUUAGAAGUAAUCUAAUGAAGAGGAUGCUACUGUCAGUUUAUACAAGCACAUAUUUUUUUCAAUUGGCAGAUGUGUUAACUAAGAACCUGGUUGAUGAAGCUGUUGCCUGGGACCACAAAGAAAACCUUAACAAGGCACCAUGUCAAAGAACAACUGCACAUGUGGAUGCUUUAAAACAAGCAAUUGCCAGCUGUGGUAUAUCUUUUAACAUAUGGGAAAAGAAGAAUGCUGAUGGCAAAGCUAGCGGUCUCUUUGAAUUCACAAGCUUGAUGGGAAGUGAUAAAAAAAUUCUCAUGAAAGAACUACCUCCCAAGCUUAAAGACAUUUUGAAGCCAAAAAGCUGUAACACAAUUGUGCAAAUUUGGGAGGUUGGUAAUAAUAUUCUGAUAAUAUACUGUACAGCAUUAUCAAAUGAAUGCUGAUAUGAAUAGAUGUGAAUUUACUAACCUGUUGAAGUGACUUAUAUUUUCAGAACUUUCAUGAGCUUUACACCAUGCUUGGUGAAUCAGACCCAUCUGAUGAAUGCAUUCAGACAUUUUUUGAAAAGGUAUUUUUUAUUCAAAUGUAUUGUAAUUACAUUUCACUCUAACUCUGUGAAAACUAUUACUUUAUAUAUUUUGCUGCAGGCUAAACAUUGGAUAGUCCUCUUCAACUCACUUGCUGGUGAAUGUGAAGGGUAUAAGAAGACCAACAUCACUCCGUACAUGCAUGUAAUGACAUACCACAUGCCCAUUUUUAUGCAAAAACACGGAGGAGUUAAGAAAUUUACGGGGCAAGGUAAAAUAGUACAUAUAAUCAGUAACCUUUAAUCCAGUACCAUAGUCAGUGGAAUGAUAGAAUAGCAUAAAGUUUGAUAUACGGCCACAUAGCCAAAAACGCCCCACUUGCAACAAGCUUGUUGACAACUUGCAUCAGGCUUGUUAUCAAGCGGUAUCAGGAUGCGUUCACAUGGCUUGCAUCAGCUUGAAUAUAACAAGCCUGAUGCUAGUUGUCAACAAGCUUGUUCCAAGUUGUUGAGAAGCUAGGACUUGAUGUCAACAAGUUUGAUGCAAGUUGAUUCAUCAACUGCAAGUUGCUUCAACUUGCAACAAGUCUGCAGAUGACAAGUUGCAACAAACUUGAUUUUAACAGGGUUGUUGCAAGUUAAUGAAAUUGGUAAGGUUGUUGCAACUUGUCAAGAAGUUGCAACAAGCCGGUGAAUUUGACAAGUUGCAACGAGCCUGUGGCGUUUUUGGCUGUGUAGGUAGCGGCCCCAAAUCCAACGUUUUGAGCAGCCUUUGCUCAGAACGUCGAAUCUGUUUGUAUCAUUUAGGUAGUGAGUAGAAUUUUUGCUGCUUGUUGACAUAAAGUUUGAGAUGAUGAACUCCAAAUUAUGUAAUUAGAGAGGUUUAUAGAUCUAAUAUUCCAGUUCCAGGGCAACUGCAAAAUCUCCUGUUCCAAUUUAAAUUUUGAACUUGAUGCUGAACUCUUACUGAAAUCUAACCCAACGAAGGGCCUCCCCCCCCCCUACUCCGCUAUCUACACCGGUCACGUUUGCAGUUUCGUACUGGAAUCCAAACCUUAUCUAAAUCUAAACAUUAAUUGUCCAUAUUUUUCAGGAGUUGAGAAGAAUAAUGAUGUUUGCCGCAGGUUUCACUUGCAAAAAUCAAACAAGUGGAAUGCGGCAGCCGACGUAUUAAAAGUCAGCAAAAGAAUGGAUAAUCUCAGUAAGUGUGAAAGAAGAGCAAGAGCAUAUUUAAAGAAAAACACGAGUUACUGGGAUGAUGAAAUAAAAGCAAAAAGGGCAAGACAGAGGCUGACUGUUGUAUCUAGCUGUACCAAUAAUGCAAGUGAAACGAAUAGUGUUGACAUUGAUAGAAUGACAGCACUAGAAAUCAAACAACACUUGAAUGGCUUGGGUAUUACAACACGUCUUAGAAAUAUCAACAAACUCCGCGAGUUAUUGGAAAAUGUUUUGUUGGAAAUUUCCGAGUAA